AUGAAUUCAACGCGAUGGCAGUCGCUGCACGCAGCCCCGGCCCCGGGGGCCCCAGCCGCGGGGGCCCCGGCCGCGGGAGCCCCGGCCGCGGCCGGUCUGCACUACUUGAACUCUAACAGUCCCGGUCCCGGUGCCGGUCCCGGUCCCGGUGCCGGUCCCGGUCCCGGUGCCGGUCCCGGUCCCGGUGCCGGUCCCGGCCGCGCGGCGCUGCGGUGCAGUCAACAUUGG